AUGCGCAAGUUUGCGAGUCUCCCUAACCUGAACGGAUCUCUAACGGUGGAGUCGGCCGGGGCGGUCUUGGGGCGUCUGGCGUCGCUUGUUGGCAAAGCCGACAGCACGGUGCUGGCAGCAAGGAGGACGGACCCGCCAACAAGGCUCGCUGGACGCUCCAGUAUGUCGACCCCGCCGGGUGGGAAGGGCGCUGUUUACGAGGUCAUGGACAUCCCGUGCGAGCCCCGGGAGCGCGUCGCCUUCCACACGCUCACCGUCCUCGACGCAUCGGCGGCUGGCGGCCGGGGUCCUUGA